ACAAUAUUAACUUUUAGUUACGAUCUCAUCCCUCAUACUGAUCUUAAUCCCCCUUUCCUUUCAAAUUCCAUCAAUUUCAGUGCCUAAAUCUGCCCACCUUUUCUUAUGUCUAGAGGCUCUGAAUAUAGGCUACAUGUGAUUUUUAAAUAUUGGAGAACUCUACUAAAAGUGCCAUAGAAAUCGUUUCUUUACAUUAGACACUGUGUAAGACACUUAAAGUUGUCAAAUCAUUGUCAAAAGUACUGUCCUCUGGAAGGCAGCACAGCCUAGAUGAGUGUAAAUUACCGCAAAUUGCACAAGAAGAAGAAGUAAAAGCGGGUGGUCGUGUCCAGAUGGUAACCCUAGAAUCGCAAAACUCUCGCGAUAUUUGUUGUGUAUUGGGUUGUUCUUCAUUGUACAAAAUAAUUAUGUUUUAUUAUGUGAAAACGCUGUAAUUAAGCCUGAUUUGGUUUUGACACAAUACAAGACUUGGUUGGAUGUAGUUGGCUAGAAUUAGGGAAAGAUGAUAGUUUAGGUUGAAAUGGUCAAUCUCGCGAGAUCUUUCGCAAAUCUAGGGUUACCGUGUACAGCGAAGUGGGUGACGACAUGUCGAAGUCGAAGUCAGCCAAAAAGGAAGACCGCAAUAAAAAAAAAAAGCUUUUAAUUAAAGUCACAAGUUGUCAUGCGUACUUUGUAUGAUAGGAGGGAAGUGUCCUCAUAACAGUGCUGCACUGUUGCUGCCUGUGUCUCAUAUUCUCCACUACGCCUUUCAUAUUGCUGCUGUUUGCGCAUUAAGCUGUAACUUAACAGUUAGUAAAGUCAACUUUACUGGCGCGACUUUGUGAAAAUGGAUUUACCUGAGUCUUUUAUGAAUCCGUAUGGAAGUCUUUCCUAGUUUUGUAGUUCAAAUUAAUCGACAGCAGCGGUAAUAGAUUACAAAUAUGUUGCUGUGAUCACAAGGAAAACACCAUGGCAGACAGAGGGACUUUCAAUGUUGUGAUUUUGGGUGUGGGGUUUCUGUUUAUUUUCACCGCUUUCACCACCUGUGGGAACAUUGAACAAACUGUAGUGAAAAGCCUGGAGAAUGAUACUUUCACAGGAAGUGGAUACCACAGUCUUGGAAUCAUCUACGGGAUCUUUUCAUUCUCAAAUUUACUUGCACCAACAGUCGUUGCAGUGAUUGGACCAAAAAUUACUAUGUUUCUGAGUGGCCUACUUUACAGUGGUUACAUUGCUGUGUUCAUCAUCCCCUCGACAUGGGCCUUUUACUUGACCUCUGUGCUGAUCGGCAUAGGAGCAGCCAUGCUCUGGACAGCUCAAGGACAGUUUCUGGUGGAAAACUCUGACGCUUCAACCAUCAACAGGAACACGGGGAUGUUCUGGGCUCUGUUGCAGUGCAGCAUGCUGUUUGGCAAUCUUUACAUUUAUUUUGAUUGGAAUGGAAGAACAGAAAUAUCAGACGGCAGCAGGAAAAACAUUUUCCUGUUCCUGUUGGUCGCCUCAGUAUUGGGCACACUCAGCUUCCUGGUGUUGCGAAAAAGCCAUCAUGAAGAGGAGAUGCUCUCUGAAGAGGAGGGGCAGUCCCUGCUCUCAGCCCGAGUGAUGUAUAAGCACAGAGCAAAUACUGCCAUGCAAGAUGCCAAGUCAGAGUUCAAAACCAUACUGCAGCUUCUGAAGGCUAAAACUAUGGUGCUCCUGAGUCCCUGCAUGGUGUAUAGCGGCCUGGAGCUAGCUUUCUACAGUGGAGUGUAUGGAACAUGUAUCGGAGCCACUACACAGUUUGGAGCAGCAGCUAAAGGCUUGAUUGGGAUCUCUGGGAUUGUGAUAGGCAUUGGAGAAAUCGUAGGUGGAGGCUUGUUUGGAUUGCUGUGUAAGAACAAUCGCUUCAGGCGAACCUCUGUGGUGUUUCUGGGAAUGGUUGUCCAUUUCGUUGCUUUCUAUUUGAUCUUCCUUAACAUACCUGAUGACGCCCCUGUCGUCUUUACAACCACCACCCAGAAAAACCCAUUUCUAACUCCAAGUGUAUCCAUUGCCCUGUUGUGUAGUUUCCUGCUUGGACUUGGGGACAGCUGUUUCAACACACAGCUCUACAGCAUAUUAGGCUGUGUUUAUGCAGAACACAGCACGCCUGCUUUUGCCAUCUUCAAAUUCAUCCAGUCUGUGUUUGCAGCAGUGGCGUUCUUCUACAGUGGUUACCUCCUGCUGAUGUGGCAGCUCCUACUGAUGGUCAUUCUGGGCUUCUCUGGAACACUCUGCUUCUUUGUGGUGGAGAGGAUGCAGAACUUUUCUGCAGAUCUGCAGGACUAUUAGAAUGAAUGUGUUUGUCUGUCUGUUUUGUGGGACAGACACCUUUUGGGAGUAACUGAAGCUCUCAUAAAAAGGAAUCCUGCAGCUUUUGUUUCAUGAGGGGUGAUCUUAAAGUCUCUUUACAUAGUAAUGCACUGAAACUCAUACACAUUUGGAUAACAUUUACACUCAGAAUAGUUUGAACUGAUACUACAAAUGAAACCAGGUUGCCUGAAUAAAACCGUUAAAUUGUAUGACAUGGUUAUCAGCAUCAAAGCUGAACUGUACCUUGCACAUUUUCUAUUGUAAUUAUCCGACAUUACCCAGUGACCGUAGUUAAUCAUUAACAUUAUUUUUCACUGCACCCCUGCAUUGUUCUUACUGUAGAACUGUAAAAAUAACCACUCACCUUAUCUCAUACUUAUCUGCAGUGCUUCCAGCUCAGGUUUGUUGAAAAUAUUUUAUGUAUCUAAAACUUUUAGUUUAUCUUUUCUGGUCAUAGUUUGUCAGAAUGACCGACAGUUUGAUGGAAUAUAUGAGAGAAUAUAAUGGAGGUCAUUAUAUUUCAGAAAAGUCUUAACUAAGUAACGCUUGACAAUCAUUGUUCUUAACUUUUUGUAAAUUGUGCAUAUUAAUGUAAUGUCAGUGUUUAAAUCUUUGAUAAAUAAAGUUUUAUGCAUUUUGCAUUCUCA